AAUGUUCUAAUUAAGAAAUGGAAUUUGCUGUAGAAACUCUAGCCCCUACCGGAGCUGCUGAAGGGCAAUGGUGAUCAACCUACAGAUCCGACCACAGUGAACCCUAACCAACCCGGCGUGGGCCGUGCGCGCCGUGUGGCCAUGGCCGGUGCCGUAUCGGCGCUCUUCCUACUCGACAUCAAAGGCCGCGUUCUCGUCUGGCGUGACUACCGCGGAGACGUCUCCGCUGUCCAGGCCGAGCGGUUCUUUACCAAGCUUAUUGAAAAGGAGGUGGAUCCGGAUUCGCACGAUCCGGUGGUGUACGAUAAUGGAGUGACCUACAUGUUCAUCCAGCACAAUAAUGUUUUCUUGAUGACUGCCGCGAGGCAGAAUUGUAAUGCUGCGAGCAUACUUCUCUUUCUACAUCGAGUUAUUGAUGUUUUCAAGCACUAUUUUGAAGAACUAGAGGAGGAAUCGCUGAGAGAUAAUUUUGUUGUAGUGUAUGAAUUACUUGAUGAAAUGAUGGACUUUGGAUACCCUCAGUAUACAGAAGCUAAAAUUCUUAGUGAGUUUAUAAAGACAGAUGCUUACAGGAUGGAAGUCACACAGAGACCACCAAUGGCUGUAACCAAUGCAGUGUCUUGGCGUAGCGAAGGGAUAAAGUACAAGAAAAAUGAAGUCUUCCUGGAUGUUGUAGAGAGUGUGAAUAUUCUUGUCAACAGCAAUGGACAAAUCAUUCGUUCAGAUGUUGUUGGAGCGUUGAAAAUGAGGACAUAUUUAAGUGGAAUGCCGGAAUGUAAGCUUGGUUUGAAUGACAGAGUUCUUUUGGAGGCUCAAGGUCGAUCAUCAAAGGGAAAGGCCAUAGAUCUGGAUGAUAUCAAGUUCCACCAGUGUGUGCGUUUGGCUCGUUUUGAGAAUGACAGAACCAUAUCCUUCAUACCACCUGAUGGCUCUUUUGAUCUGAUGACCUAUAGACUAAGCACACAGGUGAAGCCUUUAAUUUGGGUAGAAGCUCAAGUUGAAAGACAUUCAAGAAGCCGUAUUGAACUGAUGGUGAAGGCAAGAAGCCAAUUUAAGGAAAGAAGCACUGCAACAAAUGUUGAGAUUGAGAUACCUGUUCCAUCGGAUGCCACUAACCCAAAUGUAAGGACUUCCAUGGGUUCGGCUUCAUAUGCACCAGAAAAGGAUGCACUGGUUUGGAAAAUAAAAUCUUUUCCUGGUGGGAAGGAAUAUAUGGUGAGGGCAGAGUUCAGUCUACCCAGUAUAACUGCAGAAGAAUCAACACCAGAGAAGAAGGCUCCAAUACGUGUUAAAUUUGAGAUCCCAUACUUCACUGUAUCUGGAAUUCAGGUGAGAUACCUGAAAAUCAUUGAGAAAAGUGGCUACCAGGCCCUUCCAUGGGUUAGAUACAUUACAAUGGCUGGUGAAUAUGAAUUAAGGCUCAUGUAAGUAGUUCACUUUCAGCCCCUCCGUAAAGUACGAAUUGUUGCCAGAAAUGGAUCUGUUACUAUAAACUUUGGCCCUACUGUUCAUCUGUGAUGUUAUACCUUAUUAACUUGUAAGGGCACUGCAGAUAACUGUGAUCAUUAGCUAUUUUUUUUGGUUAAUGUGUCAAAUUUCUCUACUCAUGUAGCCAAGGAGAUGGGGUGGGUUUGUUUUGCUUGAUGAAUAAUUCUCAGUGAAUGUAAUUUUUGUAUGCUAUUUGAAACCCUGAGCUUAAGAGCUUCGGUUGGCUUGUUGUUAGCGGUUUUGUUCUCCUUUGAGUCCAACUAUCAAAAAGCAUGUGGACUGUGAAGUGUUUUGAUCUUCAAUCGUGUGUAUGUAAACAUAAUUUUGCUGAUUAAGUGUGGGACUUUUUCAU